GGUGCUCAAAGUCGGAGCUCUGGAUCACCCGGUGGCGACGUUCGCGCUCCGGCCGCGUCGAGUCGCAGCGGGACCGAGACCGAGCGCACGCUCGCGACGAAUCACCGUGCUCGUAGGUGAGCCCGCUCGCGUUCCUCCUCCGUGUUUGUGUUCGCGUGCGAACGACCGCCGAGUAACCGCCGAGUGCGCGAAUCGACAGUGAGUGCGCCAUGUUCGCGCGUCGCCGCACGUCACCGGCUUGACGUUGCCCAGGAACGACGCGCGACGAAGCCGACAAGUGUGUCUCCCGUGUGUGACGCGACGUGCCGUCCGCGACGUACGCGUGUGCCGUCGUCGGUGUACGUGCGGAGAGAACACGUCGGCGGAGAGCUGCCCAGCUGCUGCUCCAGCAUGCCGUAGGAUCGUGGAAUGCACGCUGACAGCUGCCGCGAGUCCGUUCGACGGGGAGAAGAGCUCGGCAACGUCCGGAUCUGGCCGACAAAAUCGCGCCGAAUCUGACAUCGCAUCAGCAGCAGCAGUAGCAGUGGUCCACUCUCUCUCUCUCUCUUUCUCUCUCUCUCUGUCUCGCCCGUCCCGGCCGGAAAGAAACGGCGUGGCUUCCGGUACGGCUCUCUCGAUAUGAGGGAGAGGCGGAAAGGGGGUUCACAGUUCGUCGGAGCGGCUAACGAUCGUCGGUGCCGGUGCUGGUGGACGCGGAGAAGCGUCAUCGCGAUCGGUGGCGUGCUGCGAUGAGCGGCAACGAUUCGAGCGCGACGGCGACGCUGACAACGUCGGCGUCGGCGAACGUCGGCGCUGCCGAUGACGAGGAGGAAGAUCCGGCCUUGACCUCGGACUGCGAACUCGCCGACAUGGAUCUGGUGAACGGGCCGAAUCCCUGGCUUCCGGCCUACGGUUUCCAGCUGCAGCAUCACUCCCACUUCCAGCCAACGCAUUUGGAGGAUCUACGGGCUAAUGAUACGGUGCUAGUGCAACAAGUGGACUUCCUGGAGACCAUUCUCGAGGAAACGUCCGACGACCUGCAGAGCGACUCCGAUCGCAGCGGGACGACCUAUUGGCUGGGAUCGGACUCGGAGACCGAGAGUGUGAUCCAUAUUAGGGCGAAGCAGAGAUCCGCGGAUGAACGACUGGAUGGCAGCGGCAGUGAGUGCAACUCGGUAGUGCCUAAGAAGCGACGUCGUCGGGAUCACCACGGCACUGAUCACCAGCAGCACCAGCAUCAGGUGACCUAUGAUGAGUUCCCGGCAUCGCCGAGGUCCUCCAGGUCCACCGCUUCCUCCAGAUCGAGCUCGCUGCUGCAGUUCGAGUCGUUGGAGAGAACUUGCGCCACCUUGUCACCGUCCAGCUACAGCUUCGAUUCGUUGGAAUACUCCAACAGGUCGAACGCCUCUCAUCCAGAGAACGACUCACCUGACAGCCUGGAACAAGACUACGACAGGCUGCUGCCGAACGGUUUCACCAGCAGCCUGUCGGGUCAUUUUCCCAGGAUCAGACCUUAUCGCAGCUUCGAGAGCCUCGACACGUGUCAGAAGGAUGAGACCUUCGGUCAAGCCAAUAUGUCGAAUGGUUUCGCGCCUUUGUACCUGAAGAGGGGUGCCGAUCUGUCGAAUAUCGGCAGGAACAAUCAGCGUCCAAGAGACUUCUGGCACGAGGACGAGUACGAGGACGCCGACGACGACGACGAGGAAGACGACGAGGACGAUUUCGAGGUGUACGAUUCGAGGGGCGCGCACGAGCCCCGAUUAACGAGCGGUUUCGACGACCGUCUGCUGCUGUUCGGUGAAUCCGGCAAGUACGCGACGUCCUUGGACUACCGGAACACGAUCGACCUGCGGGAAAUCGGCGUGGAGACGAAGAGGGACACGCUUUUGGAGCUCAAGUCCGGGCAGAAGACCGCCAGGUUAAAUAUAGCCGUCGCUGGCGGCGGCUGCGGCGGCGGCGGCGGCGGCGGCGGUGGCGGUGGCGCAGAGCACCAUCAUCAUCACCAUCAUCAUCAUCAUCAUCAUCAGCAUUCGCAGCAGCAACAGCAGCAGCAGCAGCAGCAGCAGCAGCAGUUCCAACAGCACCAGCACCAACAGUACGACCAGCAAGAUCACCAUCACCACCACCACCACCACCAUCGCCGCCGCCGCCAACAACAGCAUCAGUACCAAGGGUGGAGCGACGAGGAGCGCUUUAAUUUUAGAUUCACGGACAAGUCGCAGAGCGCGCCCAGUCUGCUCGACAGCAUCGAGGAGUCAGCACGGCUGAACGGCUGCACGGCUCGUCGCACCUCGAGGACCACCUCCUACGUGUCCACGUCGAGCCUCUUCGAGAAUUACACGCGGGUGGCGAGCGUGCCGGUGGAUCUGAAUCUCUGUGGCCUCGUCGCGUGCGACGAGCGUCGCGACGACGAGAUGAAUAGCCACGAAAUGGCGGAGACCGCGCCCGCCGAUCAAGAGAAGAACACCAUGAAGAGUCCCGAAGAGGAGGAAGAGGUGAACAGCUCGACGGAGAACGACGACGAGGCACCGGGAGAAGGAGGAAGAGGAGGAACUUCGGGCAAGGUCACGUUGACCAGUUCGGUGAGAACGCAGCCGGCGCAGAGCGCGCUCAUGGAUGGCGGCGGUGUGGAUGAUCGUGAAGAGAAGAAGAGCGCCGAGCGCGUCGAAGAUCUUAGCGAGCGGCAACCGCGCAAGCAGCCGAAGGCAACGUCGACCGUGAAGACACAGGAUCGUGCCAACUGCGUGCUGGACAUGGCGAUGGUGACAGAGAACGACAUCGACGAGGCCAUCAAGCAGUUCAAGCGCGAGGUGGAGGAGGCCACAGCCUCCGGAGUGGCGAACGCCGCCAUCUUGGCGAUGGAGACGAUCCAGCGAACGCCAUCCGGCCGCGCGAGAAGCCGCCGAGUGAAGAACAACGCCAGCUAUGAGCUGGCGCAGCAAUUCGAGGUGGACGAGCGGAAUUUCCGAGCUCGCGGCAAGGAGAACAGCGGUGAGACGAUCCGAGGCGGUUCACCCAGCAGGAAACAUGUGUUGAACAACGCCAGUUACGAACUGGCGCAACAGUGUGACUACAUCAAAGCGCCGCAGAACAGCAGAGGCGCGUUUCACCGGAUGGACGCUUGCGAUGAGCUAGAGGAGGCGUCCUCGUCCGGACGCUCUUCCGCGCUGAGGAUCGCCGACGUGAUGCGUCAGAUGGGCUCUGGCUCGAACAUCAGCGAGGAUUCGUACUACAGACCCGCGGAGAAUUACAGCAGCGCGUCCUCCAGGACGGUCAACGAGCAGGACGACUCGUUCUUUGGUCAGAUAAAAAAAAACUCGGAUCCAUUUUCGGCCUGUGGCGAUGUUAGCGCGCGUCCGCGCCUAGUAGACGACGAGGUAGAUUACCCCUGCUUGGAAACCAAACCCAUAGGAGCGUCCUAUUUGGAGGGAGUCGUCCUACGAGAGAGGAUCGAGACGGAGAUACCGCGGCUGGAGAAGAGUGUCCUUGAAAAUUCCGCGCUGAUAUCCGCGCACGAGGAGCCUUGCCCUGUGAACCCCCGCGGAGGAGAGCUCGGAGGCGCGAGAGAGGAGAAUCUGAUCGGUGAGUUUUACCCGGAGCGAGUGGAGCGGCUACCUCGUCGGCAAGAACACGAGAGCGACGAUCCUGGACAGCGGGAGGAGUCACGGAACGCGUCUAGCGACUCCGAGGAGGAGCGUUCCCCGAGUCCUGGUUCGAGCGGUCGAGGCGCCGGCGAACGUCUGUGGAGGGUCGUGAUCGAGAAACAAGCGACUAGGCAGCAGGAGGUAGAGGAGCACCAGCAAGAGAAGGGAGCGCGGGACGGGGCGGAGGUGGUGGAAAAGAAGGAAGAGGAGGUGGAGAAGGAGGGACACAGUGUCCACGGUGUUGGCUCGUCCCCACCCGGCGGCCAAACGAGAGUCGGCGAACGUAGUGGGAAGCCGACGGUGGCCGUGGCAGUUGAUACGAAUCAUCGUGGUGAUCGCGACAAACGUCACGAGGAGCGCGCGUCGAGCAACGAGGACGCGGUCGUAAUCGCGAAACGGCCGUUCGUCGUUGCCACCCCGAAGACGAAGAAGGAGCACAAGUACGAGGCCACCGUUUCAUCCUCGUCUUCACUGUCGUUGCCGUUGUCGACGUCCUCAUCCGGCGCAAUGAAGAGCGAGGAGAGGAAGAAGGGUGGCCUGGGUGGUUUUCUGCAGAGAUUCUCCCGACUGAGAUUCAGCGGCAGGACGAAGGUGCCGCGCUCGGAAGCGCAGAAGAAAGUAGCCGAGCCGACCUCGAGAACGCACGAAGAGCAGCAGUCGACGACCGCGACGACCAAGAAGAAGGAGCCGGACUACAUCAUCAUACCGUUGCAUCCGCCCGAAGAGGAGAGGAGACGCCAGGAGGUUGCCACUCUCGAGGAAGCCGCUAGGAGGAACAAUGUGGACAUUCAGAGAAGCGCCUCCAGUGUCAGCAGUAACGGGAGGGCGCCAGUGUCCAGCAAGCCACCCUUGCCGCCGCAGCCGCCACGCGUCGCCGCGCUGAGCACGCGGGCGUCGGCGUCCACGGCGUCGGCGUCGACGUCGGCGUCGGCGUCGCGCCGACGCGCCGCCACGGACCUUGGUAACCCGGCGGCGAUCGAGAUGGCGAAAGCGCGCGCGAUGCAGGCCGCCCAGGAGCGCCCGGUCGGCCUGCUGGAGACCGACCUCGACGAGGCCGUGAUCAACACGAGCUACGGCAACAGCACGACGACGACGGCGUCGACGCGCGCCGGUCAGACCGCUGCUGCUGCUGCCGCCGUUGCCGCCGCCGCCGCCGCCGCCACCACCGCCGGCAAGAAGACCCGUAGCCUGCUCGACCUCAACCACACCUCGGCGGCGCCGCGGCCGCGGCCAGAGCACGCCCUCCACGUACCCCAGUCGCCCGUCGGCGCUUCGCACAGGAGCCCCCGCGACGACGCCGCCGCGUCCGCCAUCCAUCAGCGGCCCCACAAGUCCAUGGAGUUCCUCCUCGACAAGGAGAACCUGCACUUCGUCAAGCCGCCGGAGAAUGAGCUGCAGAAGGUGGGCGAGCGCGUGCCAAGCGAGCACGAACUCCGUGUGCAGCGGUCGCUGCAGCGGUUGAACGUGCCUGACUGGUACAAGAAUUCGCCGGCAGCCCGCGACGGCUUCCGACUGAAAAGACACUCCGACGCGUCGCAGCACGGAGGGUGGCGCGCCCUCGGCUCCAAGACCACCUCCCUGUCGUCCCUCUCGUCGUCUUCCAACCGACAGCCGACCACAGGUGCCCUUCUGAGUCCCAGCCCCACGCCCCCCGUAUUUUCGAGAUGGAGUACCAGCUUGCUCAACAGCGCCGGCAGUUCGCCAGCGAGUUCGGCCAGGUCGUCCUUCAAUCACCGACAGCCCUAUUUGGGCUGGCGUUCUCAGGAACGGCUGACCAACCCGCGCACGCCGGCAGAACGUCUCGCUCAGGGUAUACUUCCUCAGCUGCAGGCCGCAAACAAGCAACAGCAGCAGCAACAUCAGCAACAGCAGACAACGAAUCAGCAGCUGGAAGUGCGGAACUCGAUAAAGGAGGUGACCUCGGCCAUCGUGCACUACGUGCAGAGCGGCCAAGAGGUCGGCGGCGGCGGCGGUGGCAGACUCUCGCCUCGACCUCGACCUGAAGAUUGGGACGACAGGGGCGGAGCGAGGUCGACCAGCCCCCGAGGGAGCGUGAAGCUGUGCUGGAUGGAGAGCUCGUUCGUCGGCACGCGGCCCGUGGACUCGCCGGAGACGCCAAUGAGCCUGGCGACCGAGGAGGCCGACUGCUGCGCCGGCUGCAACGCCACGGGCACCGAGUCCUGCAGCUGUCAGGACUCGGCGGCCUCCGGCCUCUACCUGGACCUGACGCCGAGCCGCGACGACGUGCGUCAUCAUCAUCAUCAGCAGCAGCAGCCAUCCUCGGCCGGACCGUCGCCCACCUCGUCCGCUAAUUACCACCAUCACCAACAUCUUCAUCAGCAUCAGCAGCAGCAACGUCAUCAACAUCACCGUCAGCAGCAGCGUCAACACCGCGGAUCGGGCCAGAGCGAUACGGACGAGGCGAUGGCGACGGCAGCUCUUCUGCGGAACAAACCGAGUCCGGGUUCCACGACCCUGGAGGACGUACUUGACUCCCUCCUGGGGCUGCCACCCGCGUCGCGUACUCCGAGUCCUGGCCCAGGACCUGUCAUGACCGCUACGUCCAUCCGCCAUCGUACGAACGUCGGCCAGGCGAAAGCCGGGAAGAGCUGCAGCGACCUACGCCAAGACCUCCAAGAGUCCGCUAGGAGUGUGAUGGACGUGCAAGCGGCGGUCGAGGAGCGCACCUUCUAUCCCGGCGAGCUGGUGAGGCGGAAGAGCGAGGGUAGCGAUACCUUACCCUCCCGUCCAUCGGCAUCGGCGUCGUCGUUGAUGCCACGCGGUGGUGGCGUCGGUGCCGGUGGUAGCGUUCAACGUCAUCGCAGGGUCUCCUUCGACAACGCGCAGGACUCGACGAACGGCAGCUCGGCGGACAAGGUGGUGCGCUGUCGCAACAACAAGUGCGGCAACUCCACGACGUUGGCAGAGGCGCGCAGGACCUACAAGAGCUGCCACAAUUGCACCUGCCUGUACUGCUCGCGCGAGUGUCGGCGGGCGCAUUGGCAACGUCACCGUAGAACCUGCCUGCACUCGCGCGCCGGCAGUCUCUGUCGUCAGGUGUUGUCCUCGGCGAAGGAGGACCCAACCACGCUCAAGCACAUCUCCGCGCUCGCUCGACGCGGACACGCCGCUCAUGGUCGCGGCGCGGUCAAGUGCUUCUUCUCCAGCCCGGAAGCUGCGGAGCGUUUCGUCGGCAACGGCUUCGCCGACCUCGGCGAGCCCACCUACGUGCGUUGGUCGGACCUGCUGCCAGGUGAGAUGGGUGCCGAGCUCUACGCCGAGCUGAUGCGCCUCUGCAAGACGUACAAUCCGGAGGCGCGGCUGGUGCUCUACGUGGCGGUAUGCGUGGUGAGCGAGGUGCCGACCAGCGGCGCCGUCAGAUGGGAGCGGCAGCUGGUGUCUAGGUGCGCAAAGAUUAGAUUGGAUGGUGCGGCUAAACAGCACGUCUCCUCGUCGUCGACGUCGCCGCAGGCCAGGCGGCAGCAACAGCAGCAGCAGCAGCAGCAGCAACAACAGCAGCAGCAGCAGCAACAGCUACAGCAGCAACAACAGCAGGCCCCUGCGUCACCCUGCAACAUCACUCGGGAGAUGGACUCGCCCGAGACCCUGGUGCUCACCUCGUUGCCGGGUAACAACGGUCAGAACACGCCGCGCAAGGCGCGGGAGAUCAGCUUCACCAACAUCCAACGGCAGCUGAGGCUGCGCGGGGUGUCUUUGAGGCGGCAUUUCCCGCAGGUAUACCGGAAGCUCUGCUCCUACGUGGACGGCUCGGUGGACAAGUUCGCGCCGGUCACCAUCUACCCUAGAGAUCAAGCCUCCGGCAAGAGUUUCAUGUGCAUCAUCAUGUUGGACGCGGAACCCGAGCGCCUGCAACUCUUGCCGACCGACUCGUCCCGGGUGAGAACGGUGGACAUCAGUGUGGAGCAGGAGUGAAGAGGCCGGAAUGGAGCGAGGCAUCAGGAACGUCGGGGCUUGGACGACACAUCGCUCAGGAUUUUCCUCAGGUUCUCGGGCAAGGAGAAACGUCUUAGCUGCCGUCGACGGACUUGGUUGCGGACGAAAACGAGACCGGACAUGCGUAUAUUCCGAUGACGCGAAGGUCUAAAGGACGUACUGAUUUUUCGAUGAUUUUUUGAGAGAUAUUUCAACGAGUUAAAAGAGAACUCUGUGUCGGGGAAAAUAACGAGAAUUGUAACAACUCGUUCUUUCUUGAGCAACGCUGGUGAGUUAUUUUUCAGAAUGGGGGUAAUGAUGACGAGUUAGUUCUUUCUUUCUUUCCGAUGAAUAUAAUAAGCAAUGGCAACGAGUCACUUGUAAAAUGUAACUUUUUCAAUCAUGCAUUUUUCCGUCAGAUUUACGUUAAAAAGCAUCCUCGCGGAGCACACGAAAGAAAGACUGAGUCGGCUACACCGCCGCGCAAAACGGGCUCGAGCGCCCGGACCCACACAAACACACGCUUGUACAAAGAUAUUCGUAACUUUGUUAAUUUUUAUUAAUUCUUAAGAACACGCGCUAUCCCUUUCUCCCUCUCUCUUUCUCUUCACAAAUUGAGAGAAUCGGUUUUCUGCAACUUGUACACCAGUCAAAUCCCUUCUUGACGUCCUUUGGACCUUCGCGUCUCUCGGGAACGAUUGAAUUCAGUAGGUGGAAGGACAGACGAGAGUCCUAGGUAGGUCUAAGAGAAGAGCGCGGCAUCUGAUGUCGGCUCCAGGACGCGUGGUUUCACAUAUACACACACAAAGACUGUUUCUAUCUCUCCUUUUAGAAAAAAAAAAGAAGUCGAACGCGAGGAACGAAGUGCUCGUGCGCACGCACUUUCUUUUCAGCGACAUCCUUACGUAAUAUUCACGAUCAAGCAUCAGCAAAGCAACCCUCUGUCGUUUUGGAAGUCCUCGAUUUGAUCGUUACUGUAUGAGAUGUUUAUUGAUCGUUCGCCGAGGGUCUCGUUCGAAGAGGUCCUCAUUGAUCGUCCAGCCCAUUCGCGCGGUCUCGCGCACGGUAUCCUCUAAAAAAAUCUUUAAUUGUGAUUAAAAUAUUGAAUUAGAAAGCUGAUAACUGAACAUUAAAUUGCGCGAAUUAAGUUAAACUAAGAAUUAAAUUUGUUUUCCAAAGAAUGCGGUCAUAGGCAUGCCGUCCAAUUUUUUUCCGGAUAAAAAUUAUGAAUCCAUAUUGGACUCAAAUUAAAGCUUUGGACGCGCUGAUUACGAAUAUGUAAGUACCAAGGUGGACGGAGCUACCGUUCCAGAGAAAAUGGCCCAUUUAAAAUUCCAUCAUCACUAGAUGGAUGGCUCAGUGGCGCCAUCUAGCGAGGAUGAAAUUUUAGAUGCACCAUUUUCUCUGGAACGAUAGUUCCGUCCCUCUUGGCACUAACAUAUUUGUAAUCUACGUAUCAAAAGCUUUAAUUUAACUACAAAGUGGAACCAAAAUUUUGAUCCGCAAAAGAUUGGGCGGAAUUUGACCGCGCUUCUUUGCGGAAAAAGAUUGUAACACCGAUUACUCGGGUUGCAUACGACAGAUUACGGCGUAAUGUUUGAUUAUAUUCUUUGUCGGAUAAUUAAGUAAGUUCUGUUAAGAAUGAUGAGAUGAUAACUCCGAUCGAAAGUGAUUCCAGACAUCUUUCCUGCCGUUUCUCCGCGGCGCGACAGGGUGAAAGGGUCAACGACGACCGCAGAGGCCUCUUUCUCGGCGGACGGAACGGAAAGUAACACUUAGGGUACGUUGUUGUCUCUUCGUUCAACUUUGCAUCGUUUAAAUUUUAUCGUAUAUAUUAUAUGUGAGAGAAAAGAAAGCGAGAGACGCGCGUCUCUCGGCGAAUAUACUCACGAUUAAUGUACUCGCUACGAAGUUUCGCCUGGGCGCCGUGGUAUCGAAGACGAUUUUGGGGAGAAAAGAACAAAAGAAAAAAAGAAAAGAGAGAGCAAACGAAAAUGAGCGCUCGACGCAAAAAAAAAAAAAAAAAUCCGAAAGCAAGCGAAGCGCCUCGCGGUGCACGGAAAUUUGUUUUCGCGCCAAGAACGCGCGCGCGAACGCACUCGAGUCGUUGGGAAGAGAAUACUCCGCCGCCUUAUGCUUUGCGAUUUAAUUCCGCGACCGCUACACUCACCGCGGACCGAUACUAUUGAUCUUUUGCUGACUCCGAGGUUCCUUUCGCAUCAGGAAUUUGUUUGACAGCGCAGCGAAGAGGAGGGACGAAAAAACACAUAUACACACACAUACCCACACGCGCGCACGCACACACGCGUCGGGAAACGCGUUUUGUGGAAGAUACGCUAUCGCGAGUAUUAUCGUACACACCUCCACGACAUCGUGCCAAAUGAGAGAGAAGCGUGAUAAACGGGUGCCGAGCGAGAGGUUUCCGUGAGGCUUCACCGAGUCGCGAUUCACCACGAUUCAGCGUUAAACCCGUCGAUCCGACUAGCUCUGAAUGAGCACGCCGUGGAAGACCUCGUUCGUGCGAAGACAAUUGCACACAAGACAGUUGUACCGGAGGAGACGAACUCUCAGUGAAAUCUCCGCCGUGAAGCCUCACGAGGAAGCUUCGCCCGAACUCGCUGCGACUCGCGUGUUACAAGUAAAGAAAAGUAGAAGAAGGAAGAUUACAUGAAUAAAGAGGAAACAAUAUCGCGGGAUAAUCGUCGCUUUCGGAUAUGAUCUCAAGAUUUUCACUUCGGCGAGAAACGUAAUCUGCGCGUGAUUCUCGGCUGAAACGCGGAAAGGCUUCUUCGUGGAUCAACGAAUCGCCAAUUUAAUAUAGUAAGGAUAGUUUUAGUUCGCGAGAGCUGUAUCACGAACCGAAAAGGCUGAUCUCCCCCUCCCCCCUCUCUCUUUCUCUCUCUCUCUCUCUCUCUCUCUCUCUCUCUCUCUCUCU